GCCCUGGCUGACCCCCAUGCUGACCCCUGCCCUUUGCCCCCCAGCUGCAGAAAGCCGUGGGCCCCGAGAUCACCAAGACGGACCUGGUGGGCGCCUUCCAGAACCUGAUGAAGGACUGCGAGGCCGAGGUGCGGGCGGCCGCCUCCCACAAGGUCAAAGAGUUCUGCGAGAACUUGUCCCCCGACUGCCGCGAGGCCGUCAUCAUGGGCCAGAUCCUGCCCUGCAUCAAGGAGCUGGUGUCCGACGCCAACCAGCACGUGAAGUCGGCGCUGGCCUCGGUCAUCAUGGGGCUGUCCCCCAUCCUGGGCAAGGACAACACGGUGGAGCACCUCCUGCCCCUGUUCCUGGCGCAGCUGAAGGACGAGUGCCCCGAGGUGCGGCUGAACAUCAUCUCCAACCUGGACUGCGUCAACGAGGUGAUCGGCAUCCGGCAGCUCUCCCAGUCCCUGCUGCCCGCCAUCGUCGAGCUGGCCGAGGACGCCAAGUGGCGCGUGCGGCUGGCCAUCAUCGAGUACAUGCCGCUGCUGGCCGGGCAGCUGGUGAGCACCGCGAGGGGGGGGCACCGGGAGGGGGACGGGGCGCUUGGCGGGGCGCUGGGGCAAACUGGGAGGUGCUGGGAGGGGAUGGAANUCGCUAUGACCCCUUAUAGAAUCCCCUAUAGGGCCCGCUGUAGGAUCGCCUAUAGGAUUCCCUAUAGACCCCUCCGCGCCCGAGCGGCAGCAGCGCCCCGCGCCUCCUCCCGCCGUUCCUCCGCCGCCGGCCCCGCCCCGCGCCGGCACUGCAGCCAAUCCCCGCUGCGUAUGCGAAGAUCUGGCCAAUGGGCGGAGGGAGGGCGUGGCUACGGCGCCCCGCCCCGCCCCUCGCGCUGCGGGUUUCCUCCUGCUUGA